AUGAAUAAAAUAAUCCAAUUUUAAAGAAUUGAUAACAUAAUCAGUAUUGUCUGCUCAUAGUUUGAAGUUUUCAAUUGUAAUUACAAUUAAUUCAUUAAUUUAUCAGAGCAAAAUGACACAAUAUAUGAUUUAUCAGUUCAAAUAAUGGGAUGCAACUUUAAAGAUAGUUAAGCUUUAACAGGAUUGUUAUAUCUUAUUAAUCAAUUUAAGAAUCUUUAAUAGCUUAAGCUAAUUAUAUGUUUUGAUAACGCAAUUCCUACUUCCUAGUUCUAGCAUUUAGCAAAGCAUAUAAACAAUUUGCACAAAUUGAGAGAUUUAUCAUUGUCUUUAGACACUAAUGUACUAGAUUUAGAAUAAAAAAGUGCAAAAUAUGUUAAAUAAUAUGAAGAAGAUUUAAAAGUGAUGUUUUAAUAAAUAACUUAAAUUUGUAAUUUAGAAUUGACUAUAAAUGAGAGUAAUUCAAAUAAAAAUGUUGAUUCAGCCAUACAGACUACUAUUUUCGGUGAUUUAGAUAUUUAUUAUUUGGUAUUAGAUAUAAAAGAUAAUAACCUAAAUUACAAAUAAUAAGAAAAAAUAUAUUCUAAUUUGUAUUAGUUAUGUUAGUUAAAAAGUUUAUAAAUUUCGAUUGCUAAUAAUGAAGAGCCUAUAUACUAUCAAUCAAUUAUCAAAACACUUCAUUAAAAUAAAUUAAUUUAUCUAUAUAUGAAAUUAGAAAAUUGCGUUAUUAAUCUUAACUAGCCAUAUGUUUUAGAAAGCUAAUAACAAUUAUCUAUAAUAUAGUUAAAAUGCGUUAUAAAGUUUAAAUUAUGCGCAUGA